GGGCAGGUUCGGUGCUUCCCGGCCGCCCGGAGGUGGCUGAGGCGGCCCGGGUGGGAGAGCGGGGCGGGGCGGAGCGGGCCGGAGGCGGGUGCGGUGCGGACCGGUGCCUGUUGCCCCGAGAGAGUUAACGGCGUGGGGAAAGUCACUGCUUCUCCGCCCGUGCUUUGCCUCCUGGCAACCGGGGCGCCGCGCAUGUAGGGCCGCCGGGGGCUGCCGGCGCCGCCGCCGUCCCCCGCCCCGGACAACGUGCCCAGGCGUGAAGUAUGGCAUGCAAAGAUGGUUUCUGCCAAGGAGCCAGCCAUCGCCAUGUCCUCGGGUCUCUCCAUCGCCCUCCUGCACUGCCUGUGCCUGGCGACGUGUCUCACCGGACCGCCGGGACAGAGCAAAAAAGAGGAGAAAUUGUGGCCGGAGAAUUUCACCAGCAUCCUCAACAGUCUUCUGGAUGGCUAUGACAACCGCCUGCGCCCGGGAUUCGGAGGUCCUGUUACUGAAGUCAAAACAGAUAUAUAUGUCACCAGUUUUGGACCUGUUUCUGAUGUAGAAAUGGAGUAUACAAUGGAUGUCUUCUUCCGUCAGACAUGGGUAGACAAAAGAUUAAAGUAUGAUGGUCCUAUUGAAAUUUUAAGACUUAACAACUUGAUGGUCUCGAAGGUGUGGACUCCUGACACUUUCUUCAGGAAUGGCAAAAAGUCUGUUGCUCACAACAUGACGGCCCCAAAUAAACUCUUCAGAAUAAUGAGGAAUGGCACUAUCUUGUAUACGAUGAGGCUUACAAUAAGUGCAGAGUGUCCCAUGAGAUUAGUGGAUUUUCCCAUGGAUGGUCAUGCUUGUCCUCUCAAAUUUGGGAGUUAUGCAUAUCCAAAGAGUGAAAUGAUUUAUACCUGGACAAAAGGACCUGAGAAGUCAGUGGAAGUUCCUGAGGAGUCUUCCAGUUUAGUUCAGUAUGACCUGCUAGGGCAUACGGUAUCCAGUGAAACCAUUAAGUCUAUUACAGGUGAAUAUGUUGUUAUGACAGUUUACUUCCACCUCAGACGGAAAAUGGGUUAUUUUAUGAUUCAGACAUAUAUCCCAUGCAUUAUGACCGUGAUCCUUUCUCAAGUUUCGUUUUGGAUAAAUAAGGAAUCUGUACCAGCUAGAACUGUGUUUGGAAUAACCACAGUGUUGACAAUGACGACACUGAGCAUCAGUGCAAGACACUCACUGCCAAAAGUAUCAUAUGCUACUGCCAUGGACUGGUUCAUAGCGGUCUGCUUUGCCUUUGUGUUUUCUGCUCUCAUCGAGUUUGCUGCUGUCAACUAUUUUACUAAUAUUCAAAUGGAAAGAGCCAAAAGGAAGACGGUAAAAUCCCUCCUUGAAUUUCCAGUUGCUCCAAUACAAAGAGAAAAAAGUAUAGAAGAGACACAUACGAGUACAGAUGCCAAUUCAAAUGUGAGGAAACGAACAAAUGCCACAGUACAGUCAGAAGCUGAUGGUGGGAGUCGAAUUGACACAAGGCACAGCUCCAUCCAGCCUCCCUCUGUAGCUCAGGGGUCUUCUGACGUUACACCCCACUCCCUUUCUGCAUCAAGUCCAAACCCUUUCACACGUAUUAAUGCAUCAGAGACAUUAUCUUCUGCAAGAGCUACCCCUCCAGCUCCUCCUUCUACCCCAAUUUUAACUGGAUUUGUAUCUCAGCAUGCCACAGUUGGUUCCCCUUCCAUUCAGCACUUGCUUGGAUCUAGACUGGAGCAGAUUCAGACCACCACACCUCAUACAUUAGGAGCAUCUGCAAAACCAUCUGCUGUCACACCACCUGCUCCCCCUGCCUCUCAUUCUGGCACUAGUAAGAUAGACAAAUACGCACGAAUUUUAUUUCCUGUUACCUUUGGAGCAUUUAACAUGGUCUACUGGGUGGUGUAUCUAUCCAAGGAUACCAUGGAAAAAUCAGAAAGUCUAAUGUAGUUUUGCUGCUAUGUAGUAGUUCCUAAAUUAUACUCACAUUUGAUGCAGAGUUUCUUCUUUUGAAACUAUUUAAAAAGUCAAUAAUUCUUAUUUAUAAAAGCUGUGUGCUACUUUCCCGUUGUAAAGGCUGGAGUUCUUGGGGAUAAUGAGGUAAUUCUAAUAAUAGGUAACAGAAUUCUCUUCCUCCCAUCAGCUAGGAAUGAAUCAUCACUCUUCAGACAGACUACUUGCCUUUGGGAGGAACAUGCACAGGGAAAAGAUCAAAGAUGGAGGUGCACAACUGUGCAGUGGAACUCAUCUCCAUUGCUAGGAAUUAUGCAUGUUGAUUAUCAUGGAUCCCUGAGGCCCUUAGCACUGUUGUCUGGACACAGCAUUGCAUUUCUUGACUGCAAGGCCCAUGUCCUGAAUAUUUUGACAGUACCUGCUAGGAAAGGACUUUUUCUGCUAGUCUAAAAUUGGGAGAAUAGGGGGAAAAUGAGCAGUGGAAAAAGAAAAUAGUGUCCAGCCUGGGAAAGUGCAACUCCAGAAGAGUUAUGCAAAGGAGUUGUAGAGCUCCAUAUAUUUUUACAAAGUAUUGUUUUGCAUUGCAAUCUUGGAAAUUCUUAUUUCAAAAUAAGAAUGAAUUAACCUUGUAAAAUCUAAAAUCUGAAGUAAUUUUCAAAAUUGAAAUUUUUGUUUGGUAAGGUAAUCUUAAAUAUGAUUCUUCUUAGACUGUGGUGACCAGCUUGAGUGGAUUUAUUUCUAAAUUUUAUCACAUGAUAGAAUGGGACCAGGCCCACAGUGUUCAAAUUUUUGAUUUCUUUGUUCUUUCCUUUGGAUACUUUUGGAUUUGUUAAUUGUUGUUUUGUUUUGUUUGUUUUCCAUAUUUUUCAGUCACCGCACCUCUGAUUUCCUUUAAACACAUAUUUUUCUCUCUCUUUUAUUGUAUAACAUUUGAGUCAAGUUAAAUUUUCAACAAACUUUGAAGUGGCUUCAAAAUCAAGAAAAACAUAUUUUCCUGUGCUUUGAUAUGUGUGGCUAUGGCACAACUUUGAGUGAAUAUGAGAUGCUCUUUUGUGAAGGAACAAUAUUACAUAAGUACAAAAAGCUUGUUUCUAGGUGAAGCAGGGGAAACACGAAAUGUAUUUAUGGUCCAUUAGUUUAUCUAGCACUGUGGGUGCUUUUCUUAGUGGUUUAGCGUACAAACAGACAGCUGCUUUUCUUUCCUUAAAAAAAAGUGAACAGUUUAAGCCCCAUAAAGAUCUUAUGAACAGUGUUCUUUUCAUCUGUAUGAGCAGUGGAUAUACUGGCCAUCAGUUUGAAGGUUUUUGCGGAGAUCCAUCUGGUUAGGCAAAUGGUUAGCACUUCUGUGCGGGUGACAAGAGAAUAUCAAAGGCCAAAUUCUGAGCUGUGGUCUGGCUGUGGUUUUUAAAGGAUAGGGGGGAAGCCUAUUCUCCUUUGCCUGGACUAAUCAUUAGCUACAGUUAAUUGACAUAGCAGAUUGGUAGCUCAUUGCCAAAGUUUUAUGCUGGGGACCUCAAGGUUUGUGUUUUGAAAUGCUCUGCUCGUGUAAUGAUAAAGUGACUGAGGGUCUGAUGGAAACCACAAGCAGCUGGGGUAAUCAAGGCAGUCCUACACAGAACUGGGAAUAGAAUUGCUGUACGGUAACAAUAUAUCUCUAUCAAUCCAAACAUUGUAGCUAUUUUGCAGCUGAGAAUCUGACCUGCUAGCUUGCUGGAUCUUGGAGGCUGUAAGAGUUGUGUAAUACAGCAUGUACUAUGGCUAUUAUUUUAUGUAUAACAUUGGAACAUACAUGGCAGGAUUCGUAGGAUUUGGAAUGUCUUACAUGUCCUUAUCAUGAUGUAGUAGUAUAAACAGUUGCCUUACCCAUUUUUUGUUCACUUAAGUGAUGUUCUCAAGAAAGUGGGCAAAGUCCUCACCUUUUAUAUGUAGAAGAAGCCUGAGAUUACAGUGCUCCUUAGAAAACCAUUAUGCAUUCCAAAACAUGGGAUUGGAAGUGGAGCACACGUACAGAUUGUCAAGCUGCAGUAGUUUGCAUCCUCAGAUGUAUCACUGGGAAUUGUGGCUGUUCUCUCAUUUAGGCACUUUAUUUUAGAUUGUCAGAAUAGCACAUACUCUACAGCAGAGAUCAUUUGUUUAUUUUGUGAGUCUGGAAGAAAAAAAAACUAACCUAAUCCUCUGGCAAUUGCUGAUCAUAAUUGGACAAAGGGUAAUUCUUUUCUAGUGUGAAGAACAAUGGCUCUAUAUUUGUUCAGAACUUAGUGUUUGCUCCAAAAGUUAUUGAAAUUACUCUUUGCUUUUCUCUCUGAUGAAAAAUGAGGAUGUUUUCUCCUAGAGCUCUAAAUGAUUCACUCUAAACAGCUGUCUUCCUUUCCACCCAUCCCCCAGUACUGCUCAUAUAAUCAGCUUUUUUCAUGGAUUGCUCAGUAGAAUCAACACUGGUUCAGGCUGUUUAGCCAAGGUUGAAGUAAAUGUACUAUUUGGAUUCAUUUGUAGGUCCUGUUUAAUUUUAAAGACUUAUAAGAAGGAGAAAAUGAUUGCAGUAAUUAUUUGAAUUCAAAAUACUAAUUUCUGUGCUUCCCUGUUACAAGAUUUUUUUUUUCAUGAUAUCUCAGAACAAAUAUGUUUUUAACCCAUCAUUCAAUUCCUGAAUUACCUUCUGAUGCUUGCGUGUUUAUAUUCAAAAUGGUAUAUAUAAAAUUAUCUCAUUAUGAGCCUAGGACUAAUUUAUUGUACUGUGCUACAUUAUUGUGUUACAGCAUAAGAAGAAAUUACCAUAACUAUUUUUCCAAAGUACAUAAGGGUGAUGUAAACAGGGAGUUGUUAAUCUUAUUUAAUCUCCUUGCAGAAUGAUCAGAAACACUCAACAACCUGCAGUAUACUCAGAAAUACUGGCAGGUUCUGAAUACUGUGCAAUUUAGAAGCAUGGGGAAAAAAAAAGAAAAAGAAAAAAAAAAAAAGAAAAAAGCAGGAAAAUGCUAAAUAUAGAGGGUGAAAUGUUCAAUACUGGUAAAUAAAAUCCAAAGGGAGAAUGUUGCACAUGUCAUUUCAGUGCCCACAUAGAUCUCUAGGGCUGAUUUUGAGUGUAAUAAACUUCACAGGAAUUGUGGCUUUUUUGGUGGUUUUUUUGUUGUUGUUGUUGUUUUGUUUUUAAUACUUUUUUUUUUGGUUUUUUUUUUUUUUUGUUUAAUAUAUUGGUUUUGUUAGGUGAUCUUUCUUGAUGGUAACAUAGCCAUUUAGAACUAUCAACCACUUCAGUUAUUUUUCUUACCAGUCCCACUAACUGCUGUUUCCUCGGAGACGUUACCAAUAGCAAAACUCCUACAGAUUUCACUGGUGCAGCCCCAGCCAGUAAUGGAGUCAUUUGAGAAAAACAGUUAAAAGCUCAGAUCAAGAAGAUUACCUUCACAUGCAUUGAAGCAUAUUUCGUAGUCAAUUGUGAGGCUAACAUAACAAGGUCAAAUAUAUAUUAGCUCACUAAUAUAAUACUAAGAGUUUUCACUGCAAUUACUAGAAUAAUGAAGUGAAGAGGCAAACCUAGACCCCAGUCCCACGUGGUGACAUGAGCUCCUGGAGUUCAGCAGCUGAACUGGAGUCUGGCUUUUCUCCUACAGAAUGGACUUGUCUUCAUCAAUUGCGUAUCAGUGGCACAUUUCUGAGUCACUCUGGGUUUCUAUUCCUGCAUGAUUUUUAGGAAAAAAAACCCCACCAGGUUUUGUAAACUUAAGUAAUUCAGUCUGCAUUACCUUACAAUCUGACAAGUAGAUUGCAUGAUAAUUGAAUGAAAGAGGCAAAUAAUUUAUAAAGUAGUGUGCCUGAAGCUUUUUGCUUAGCAGGAACUAAAAUUUAUUGAUUACAGGGAGUUCAAAUGUAACCUUGGGCAUCUCAUCAUUUUCAUUACUUAGGAUAGACUUUGCAAAAAGCUGGGAAAGCCAAGUGUGUAUAGGUAAUGGGACUGAAGCACUGUUUCAGAGAAAAAUGAAUGUACUCAUCUUUUGAAUACAUGCAGAAUUCUGUUCCCUGUUUUCUUGCAUAACACCUGCAUGUCAUUCUGAUGCAGUGAACCUUAUGAUGUAGCGAAGAGACUGCAUACUGUGUAAGAAUAUCAGCAUCCACAGUGUAUAUUUAUCUAGAUCCUAACUUCACCAUCUGCCUUGUGCUAUUGGAGAUGGAGGGAACUUCUAUUAAAAUAGAAAGCUGUUCUGUGGCUAACACUGUUAUAAUUACAACACAGAUAGCUGAAAAAUAUUGUUACUGGAAUUUUUAAUCCUAAAGUGGCAGAUUAAGAAAAUGUCUGGCCGAGAAGCCUAGGUGAAGUAUAAUGUUUAAUGAUGAUGUGGAUAAAACCAAGUAUCGGAGAACUGCAAAUACAUGUGACAGUAAGCUUACGUGAUGUCAUGGGUAGUGAGGAGAAUGGGAAAUAUUUCUCUGGAUGGUCUGAUAAGCAUAAAGCAAAAGGGUGCACCGUUUGUAAACUUAGUGCAAAUCAGGUGGUUAAAUGGACUUACAGGUAUCAUUAUUUAAAACGAACAAAACAAUGAAGAAUUUAGUCUAGGAAAGAAGCAGCCAGUUAGGUGAUGACAGCCUCUUUGUCUUUCCCAAAACUUUUGUUUGUUUUUUUUUUUGUUUUUCUAAGACCUCAUAUUUCUUUCACAGUGUGAUUCCAAAUUAAGUUACUUAUGUUUAGAUUGUUGGGAGAAAACGUACUAAUAUCAGUGUGGGACUUUUUAUUUACUUAAGUAUGCUUCCAAUAAAAAGUUCUGCUUGUUCUUUUGGAAGGAAAAGUGUACUGUUUUGCAAGAGUUUAAUAUACACUAAUUCUUCUAAGUCCUCACUGAGUACUCAUUUGUAGGUCUCUACUUAAAAGCUAGUUGUUGCAGUUUUGGAGAAUGUGAGUGUGGUGAGCAGUUUCAGCAUGUUCUGCAUUCAUCAGACUUUGAAAGUAAAUUUUUGGCACAUUCCAAGAAAGAGUGAGUAGCGUUGAAGUACAGGGAAUUCAGAAAAUGUCUCUCUUUGCUAAUGUUAUUUACUGUGUUUUUAACUAGGGGUAACAGAAAACACAAUUCUUAUAAAAUUGACAGAACUUGUGAAGCAUACUUUGUGUUCAUGUGGAUUACAAAAUGUGGUAGGUACCAUUUUCAGAAUUGAUUAGUUUUAUAUUACAGUCUGUAACUGAAUACAUCCAUGGAUCUCUCUUACACUUGCUUAUUCUUUUCAUACUGCUCUUCUAGAGAGGACUUGCCUCAAAGCAAGCCAGUUACUAUCUACUGCAGCUCACUAUGUUUUCUGGUCAGAAUUCUGUUUUCACUGUUUUGUGCAAGAGAAACCAAGAGCAUCAUGACAUUUUUUUGAAAUAAAAAUAAACUGGGAAAAAAAAAAAAAAAAAGCCUUGGAGAUUCCCUUUUUAGGAGAACAACCAAACUCCCACCAGCUAUUGAAUGAUCUCUUCAAAUAGCAGCAUAAUUCUAGCAUUUAAAAAUACUACUGUGAUCACAUCCUGUAUAUGUAUUUAUAAUAAUAUUCAAAUCUUUGAAUUGUGAGGGAAGCAGGCUCCAGAUGCACUUGCAAGCAGUGUUACUUUGAAAGACUAUCUUUCUGGAUGAAAAGCACCGUGUGAGGUAGGUAUUAUUUAUUUAUUUACCUAUCUAAUCUUUAUAUCUCCAUUUUCAAUAAAAAGAUCCUGAUGAAAAAAAAUAUGUUCUGCUACUGAAUUAACCCUCAACUAGCACAGAGACCUGGGUUAUCUCCUCUUGUUGGUCUUGCUGCUGUUGAUCUAUUUCAGCAUUUGCUGUGUGUUUUAGUGAAUGCUGUAUCCAUGUUGAAGUAAGUGUUGUUAACUGGCAUAGCAUUCUACAGAUGGUCUGCUGGCAUAUAGAAGAGAAAUAAUCUUAUUUGUGAAUAUGUUUUGGAAAAAUCUUAGCUGGAGAUUGGUAGAAGCAGGUGACUGUAUGAAGCACUCAGCUGGACUCCUGAGUUCAAUGCAUUCCAAAAUUAAACUGAGUACUGACUUGUCUUGCUUCGAAAUCUUGUACUGAUGUCUCAUCUCCAUGGUAAGUAAAGAUACAGAAGUAUGGAGCACUUGGAAAUUAAGAACAUGUACAAGUAUGUAUUUACAGCGCUUUCAAAAUGUGGGAUAGUUUAAAACUCCUCGCUAUACAGUAAUUUCAUAGUCCAUUUUACAAUUGCAAGCUUGAAAACCUAGCUGCUAAACUUUCUGAGGUUUAUUUAAUAAUUACUUUGUACUUCAAGUAAACAUUCUUUUUAUGUACGUGUAUUUCAUAUUUUAUCAAUUUAUGGCAGUGUUUUUUGGCAUCAAACCAGUUGUGAAGAUUUGAAGAAUUUUGAAUAGCUAUAGUUCCCAUAGAAUUAUAAUACAACAUUCUUUUGUAACCUAUGGGUGCCUUUGCAGAUAAAUACCAGAAGCAAUUAUGGUGGAAAUGAAUCUAUUUGUGCCUAAUUCAGUCCUUGAGCUAUAUUUGAAGGGACCAUGGAUUGGUUAUGGCUAAGGUACUACCGGCCUCUGAAGCAUUCUGCACCAGACAGACCAUGUUAAUAUCCAUUACAUCAUUAGGACCGUUAUUACACCGCCAUAAAACUUAAUUACUGCUAAAGGUAGUACUCCUACCUUAUUGCUUUGUGUUGGGAGAUGUUCCCAUGUGGUGAUGGUGAUCUGGCUGAAAUAACUUGUCUUGCUAAAAGCAAGUUUAUCUUGUGGCUGAGGUAGCAGCCACUGGAUCAGUUUUCUUAUCUGGUUCACUGUUAGUGCUGAUACAAAUGAGGUGGUGAGAAGGUUGGGAUUGAUGUGAUUUCACAACUUUAAUCUAGCCGAAAACAACUGGAGGAUUCUUAUGCUGACUCCACUGGCUAUAAAGAAGAAGUGUUCUGGAAACUCAGUUGUUGUAUGUGGUCAUUUGUUACUGCUACAAAGAACUUAAGUGAAGUUAUUUGAGGAAAUAGGAAAGAAGGAAGAAAAAGGAAAGCAUCAGUAAAGAUGAAAAAUUUAGUUACUUGCUACCAAGCAGUUAUUUUAAGAUAUGUCCUAUUAGAGGUACUAGAGCAGCAUCUGGCAGGAAACAGCCUAGAAAUAAUUAUUUCUUCAUUAUGAGUAUAAUGAGAAAGUAAUAAAGGAAAGAAGUUGCUAAUGUUCUCUUAGAAACAUUUAUGUUCCAUUGUAGUUGUUUUCAUUAAAAAGGGUAUUUUUGUAGUCAUCCAGGAAGAAUUAAGAGGCAGAACGCUAAAGUAAAAAGAUUAAGUUUUAUUAAGUAUCACUGUUUCUCUUUGAUUUAGAGAAUUUCUAUGCCAAAAAUACAAACAGUAAAAUUCUUUAUCUUUCAUGGAGUCCAUAUAUUUCAUUUUCAGUAAUGAAGCACUUUGAAACUUUUAUCAUUUAACUUGCUUUGUGUUUAAGAUACCAAAUAGAUUGCUGUCUGGUUUAGCUCAGUUAUAGGAAGAGGUAAAUAAAUAGCAACAAAAGCUUUCUUUACAGUGUCAGCCAGUUUUUGGAACUAUCAUGCCUUCCUAUAAAAUCUGAAGACUUCGUUCUUGUACCUAGAUUCAUGGGAGGUUUAGCACCAGACCUUUCUCAGUAAUCUGGUCUGUACAACAGUUUGUGGGGUACAGCUGCAUUUGAACUUCCACAGCCUUGGCACUUGCACAGCAUGGAUCCUGUGAAAGGAAAAGAUGAGUUUGUAGCACAGUUUGCCUGCAUGAGAACUCUCCUUGCUGAUGUGGAGGAAGGUAGGAGCCAACAGUCAGAAACAGGAGAUGAAAGAAGGUGAGCUUCCAUCUUUCUGAGAGGGUGCAGAUCUCAUAUUGGCUUAAGCUGCUUAUGGAAAUGCCCCUUAAGCUUCUUCCCAUCUGGGAGGCUUAGAUGCAAACUGUGUGUUAUAUGAAAUUCAGUACCAGUUGUAAAUCCUACCUGAAGAGUGGCACACUUAAUCUGUCCAAAGGUUUCUGAUGCUGAGGCUGGAAGACCAGAAAGAUUAGAGCUAACAGUGACUGCCAGUUGGGAUGCAUCCAUGUUGCUGUACAUCCAAGCUGUACUGUGGUGAAGCAGGGCCCUCAGAAUACUAUGGGUGGGAUAGAAAAUGCUUUCUUGGAGUACAAAAACACUGCAGCUGAAGAAACCUCCUUCAGCUCAGCAUUGCUGCUAGUGGCAGCAAUCCUUCCAAAAGAGGAUUAAAGUUUACUGCACUCUGGCCUUCUUGUACAUCUUCUAAUUGCAUUUUCCUAGUCCUAUAGUUGUUGAAAAAAAUAAAAACAGCACAAAAAAGAGUCCAGCCACACAAGAUCUGCUCCUGAAACCCAUGCUAGCAGCCUGUGGGCUUUUCCAGAAGCAAAAUAACAUCUCUGAUUUUAUGGAUAUAAUUACUCUGCCCCUAUGAGUUGUCCUGAUGUAACUUAAACAUUGCAAAAGGGGCUUUCUCUUUGAAUCUUACUUCUCCAUUAUGGUAGGUAUUUGUGAAGAAAAUAAACAAGCUCAGUUCCCCUUACUUUCUCUCAUCCACACUAAAUUCAGAUUUAAUGUAGACUUUUUUUUUUUUUUUAAUUUUUUUUUAAAAUAAAAGGUGACUGAUUCCUCACCUCAUUGUAUAUCUGUUUAGCAGGAGAAGGUAUCCCUGUUCUGGGUAGGAAUGGCUGAGCUUGGAGUCUUAAACGUUUUGCUGAGGUAAGAUAUGAGAAUUAUUAGACUUGCUCAUUAGCAAUUUACAAAGCACUUAAUCUAUGAUCUCUGAACACACGCUUCAGCGUGUCCUACUCCUUUUUGUACUUUUAAAAGUAAUUUUAAACAAUUAUAUUUAUUUUAUUGUAUUGGUAUUAAGCUACUCUAUUCCUCUCCCUCAUGGCAAAUGGAGAAAUGCUGAUUAGAAACUAAGCAGGCAGUAUCAGUAACCACUUUGGACUGUAGCAGUAAAACUUAUACAAUGUGGUGAAGAGUAUGUGGUAACACUGGUAUGGCCAAGACCUUCAUUUGGAAUUAUCCAGAGUAUAGCUUCAUUAGCAAAUACACUGAGCAGUGACAGUGUGUGAGCAGUGUGGCUUCAGGCAUAGUAUUUACUUGUGAUAAAUACAUCAUCCAUGUUAUAGUUGACUCAAUGUAUGAUACCGUUCUUGUGUUUCUUUUCACCUUUACCUGCACCUAACAAAUAACAUGGAUCAUCUUUUUCUCUUGAAUUCUCGAAUCACGGUGCUCAGAGAGGUAAUAAUUUUUGUGACAGUGUCUAAUUCAAAGUGUAAUGGCUGUGCCAGCUGAGGAACCAAAAGGAAAGGGAAAUUUCUGUUGUGGAUACAGCAGCUGAAAUAGCUGUGUAUCAUUUUUAAGUUGGAAAUGGAAAAAAAAAUCAAAAACAAAAUCAGGAAAAAGUUAACAUUUACAGGUUUUUUAAUUAAUUGUAAGCUUUUCCUGUGAAGCCCUGUCCAUUGCAGCCAAAGCAUAUAGGUUUAAGCUUAGACCAUUGUAAGAAAUACUCUCAUUGAAAAAGAUGAAGCUUUUUGAAGUAUUUUAUUUAGUCUUUCUUUUCCAUAAAAGCUGUGGCAUGCAGAAAGUAAUGCACUGAAGCACAAUGACUCUUUAGGAUCCUCUUAGGGAAGAUCCAAAUCUCCCAACUUAUUUAGUUCUGCAGUAUGUGAACAUCCUAGAUGCAUGCUGUGAGAUUUUGUGCCAUGGCAAAUUCUGAUGUGUAAUCCCUUUCUAUUGACUCAUACAUGGGCAAAAAUGGAAGGGAAAUCAAAGCAAGGGAAGCCUUGAGAUUGAAUUACUUUACAUUUUUCUUCACACACAUUUUUGUUGCGUGGAACAAUGUGGCUGGAAGAUUGGAAGAAUCAGAGGUAAACUAAAUUUUUUGAAUGCAUACAUUCAGUGCUGGUCACCUGACUAUACUAACAAACUGAAAAGGUGGUUUGAUAGCUGUCAACUUGUUUUGCUAUUGUGCAGCUUAACUAUUACCUUCCUGUAUAAUGAACAUCUCUGUAUUUGGAAAAUAAAUCCAUCUUGCAAGAAAGAUUGUGCAAAAUUGUUCCUAUUAUACUCCAGUGUAUAUUGCUGAUGUCAAAUAAAAUACAAUUGUGAGAGUUCUUAAA